GGGGCGCGGGAGAUUUGUAGACAAUGGCGGGAGCUUGGCCUUCGUACUGUGAUGGUGGAUGUUCCUCCGUUUCCUGUGCGUGUAACCACAAGGACAAGAGGAACAACUCCUCGUUGUUGGGCCGGCGGCUCUUGGAAGACUCGAACCGCCACCAGCUGCUCCAGAAGUGGAUGAGCAUGUGGAGCUCGGCGAGUGGGGACACCUCGGUGGCCCGGCAGGCGAAGGCGCAGAGCGAGGCGGAGGCGGGGCAGGGGGCGCAGGGGGAGAACCCGCUGGUGUUCCUGUGCUCCCGCUGCCGGCGGCCGCUGGGCGACUCGCUGAGCUGGGUGGACGGUCAGGAGGAAUCCGACUGCAUCCUGUUGCGCUGUAUAUCCUCUAAUGUUUCUGUAGAUAAAGAACAGAAGCUGUUCAUGAGGAAAAAUGAAAAUGGUUGCGUUCUUGAGACUUUGUACUGUGCCGGCUGCCUGCUGCACCUUGGCUACGUGUACAGAUGCACUCCCAAGCACCUAGAUUACAAGAGGAACUUGUUUUGCCUCAGCGUGAAAGCCAUUGAAAGUUACGCUUUAGGGUCCUCUGAAAAGCAGAUUGUGUCAGAAGACAAAGAGCUGCUUAAUCUUGAAAGUAGAGUGGAAAUGGAGAAGUCUCUAAAACAGAUGGAAGAUGUCUUAAAAGCCUUACAGACCAAGCUGUGGGACAUUGAAUCAAAAUUGUCCUUUACCAGUUGCAACAACUGAAUUCGGUUCCACGUCCACCCCUCAUGUUCUUGGAAGAGAAGAUCUAUAGGAAUACUUGCAGAGCUGUGCUUUAUGUGAAGGAAGUGACCAUUUCUUCCACAUUAGAAUUUUAAAGCUAUUUUCUGAUACUUGCUGGAAUUGGAAUUUAGAAGUUUUCAUCUUGAUAAGGAACUUGGAUUUUCUGAACUUUUGACUUCCUAUAUCUUUAGGAUUUGAUUUUACCUUUAAUACUUGGAAUGAUAUUUAAUAAUGCAUGGUAAAACUUAGUUUUUUCCACCUACUGUGUAAUUGGAUCUUUGAAAACUGAUGCUUAAAGCUUUUUGGAGAAACUGUUCAGUUGAAUUAUUUCUUAAAAUUAUUUGAAAAAUUAGAACAGAAUAGCAUAUGUAUAUGUAAUUUAUGCUACUGUAUGCUUUAAAAAUGUGGAAGAAUACUUACAGUCAUUUCUGAGGUUAGGAUUCUGGGGCAAUUUUUUUUUUCAUUUUCCAUAAUGUAAGACUUUUGUAGUUAGCAUGUUUGG